UUUUCCAGAUUGUAGUUCUGGUCUAUCUUCACCGCUGCUGUUCGGUGUAUCGUUCGAUAAAUUAGACUAGUGAUUUUACACGAAAAAGAUGAAGAGAUUGCUGAGUCUUGUACUUGUCGCGUGUGUCGCGGCCGGACCUAUGAACGACUCUUUGCAAGAUCACAAGAAUCUGAAUUGUUACGAGCAGAACGAGCUGUUUGGUAGCUGCCUCCUUGUGAAGACUAUCAAUUAUCUUAACAAAGCGGCUCGAUCAAACGACAUUGGAGUUAUUGACGGCGUGACUUUCGUCCGGACCACACCGAUCCAAAGCAGAGGCAGAGUUUUAGAGAAGUCCGAAGUGGAGAUUAUGAAUGAGCUACCGAGCGAUACCACGAGCAGAGCACUAACACUAAUAGACAUGCUGAGCAAUUCGGCCAUCUCUUUCAUGAAGAGUCACAGUCUGAAACUCAGCAUGCCCAAUGAAGGAUCGAUUUCUCGCGCCCUAAUGGAAGGACGUGCCAAAUUCAAGAAAAUAUUUUUCCCGCUGAUUGCUUCACUAGGACUCAAGGCUGUCUUCUUCGAUCUACCUAUCUUGUUCGGUCUAAGUUUACUAGUCUUAAAAACUCUCGUACUCAGUAAAUUGGCUUUGCUGAUCCCAGGUGUUAUGGCGUUUCAAAAAUGGAUCAACAAAGAAGAGCCACAGCCUUCCUUGUAUGAUUAUAAUAUCUCACCUUUCACACCGGAUAACUACAAGAAUGAACUACAGGGAUACAGAAGCUUCAACAAUGCUGAAAACGUCGACGCUCACAAUUUGGCAUAUUCCGCGCACGCACCGGACGCUAACAAUUAAACUUUUUAUUCCGCUCGGUGUUUCACGUUAUUCGUUAACAUGAAAAGACCUGAAAGAAUCAGAAAAUACUGAGAGAGCCAUAUAUUUUCACGGAAGCAAACUUCUUCUCGUGGCCAUUGGUCCCACCUAUGACUGCUAGAAAUUAGUAACAAUUAAUAUAUAAAUCGUAUAAUUAUAAUCGUAUAAUCUAUUAUAUAAUUUAUUAAAUGUGUUAUUUAUGUUAUGUAACUUAUAUAUAUAUCUUGAGUAAUAUAUUGAGUAAUUCAAUCUCUAGUGUGUUUAUUUAAUAAG